CCCAUACUUGUUGCCAUCAACAGACAACUGCUUGAUGGAAAUCAAUCACAUUGAAAUAGUUUUGUAUUGAAAGAAACAGGAUGCUAUUUGCCAUAAAUUUUCGUUUAGUUGAUAUAUAUGGGUAAAUCAGUUUAAGUUUGUAAUGAAUAUUAUGUAGAGUCCAUUCUUACCCUUAUUACUCGUACUUUCUUUCAUCAGUGAUGCCUGUAAGAUAAAGUAUGAAAGAGGAAGAAAUGCUCCUUUCUGACACACACAACCUUGAAUAGUGGUGGGAGUGCAGCAGCUAUUUUUUUUUUAUAUAAUUUUGUUUUACAACAAAGAGUUGGCUCAAGGGCAACAAAAAGUGUAGAAAAAAAGCCCACUAAUUGCCACUCUCACAACAGAAGAUACUAUAGAUUAGCCAAAAGAGAGGUCAAUUCCGGGUGGAGAGGUGUCUUGAUACACUCGUUGAGAGAGGUCAAGUUACAGGCAGGAGACAAAAACAAGUUUUAUAACAUCUCAGUAAAGUACCUGUCAUAAUCCACUUUAGCAUUACAUUCUGAGAAGACACUAAUGUAAUGCUUUAGUAGAAGGGGAAAAAAGCAAAAAAUACAUGAAUUUUUAUUUUUUCCCAGGUGGCGGCCCUCCACCCCCUCCCCUUGACCCCAUUGAUGAACUUGUCAGGGACGUUUUGGGGCAAGACAGCAAGGUCAUCACGGGAUUUGAGGAGAUUGAUGACCUUGGACAUCAAAGGACUGUCGACAUUGAAGACGCAGCAGAGCCAGCGAGCCAGCUCAUUGUAGGUCAGGGAGGUGCUGAGGCACCAACAGUAAUAAUUGUGCCUGAGCCCACCCUGCAGCCACAGACUGAGGGGGGUGCCCGGGGGAAGGUGCCAACUGAGGAUGAUGCAGCAGCUGCUCAAGCAAAGGUGGCAGCUGUUGAGGAGGAAGCUGUAGCUUCAAGAGCUACAGCAGCUGCACAGGCUGGGAGGAGGCUGCACGGGCCAUGA